AUGCACAACGACAUGAAACACACCCUCCUCUGCACAGUUCUUCUUCUUCUCGCCGGGCUGGCAGGGGCGCAGGAGCAGAGCGACAAGCUGUGGCACAGUACCGUCACGCUUUCGCUCGCAGGACGGUGGACAGCCGCCUCGGUGACUAACGCCAGUUUCGGCGCCGCUGUUGCCGUCGACGUGAGCGUCGCCCUCGGCCCACUGCGUGCGGCUGCAUGGCCCGCUGCUGCCGCUGCUGUUACGCUGGACCCUGGCCCGGUGACCCUCACACUCGAGGGAUGGGCUGACCCCGGCACGUAUAUCGACCGGGCACUGCGGAAGGCGGAGUGGGCGAGAACAAGAGCAUACUUCGCGACAGUUGACGCGUCGGAACCGGCCUCACCGUUCGUGACGAGUGCAGUGCGUGGAGAGGGCGUGCGUGUGCGCUUUGCCGGCGCGGGCUGGGGCGACACUGCGGCGAUGCCGGAUGCGGAACUCACGCAACGGAUUACCAACGCGGUGGCGGCGGUGACAGACCCCACAGGCACACCAGUGAAUCUAACAGGGGGGCUGGCGAGCUCUAUUGACCGCACGGGCGGCGUGGUAUUCAACCUCACUGUGAAUGCCUCCGGUAUUCAGAACGUCACCCUACUGCUCUCGUCGCCCGCCUCGUACGAGGCGCUCCUCACAUACUACGCGACCGCGACAUCUCUGACCGACGGCAACCUGACGGAGGUGCGAAGGACGCCAGCGCUGCCAAACGUGCAGCAGUACCGAACGCAGGUGCAGGUUGUCUUCAGCGGCUCCUGGCAGUUGGUUCUGCUCUCGAACAAAACAGACGUGUUGUUAAUGCUGCAGGAUGUGCUUGCAGAGGCUCUUGAACUGGAUCGCUCCCGCGUUGCCGUUGGAAAUGUCAGCACCGCCGCGUACCCGUUCAACCUGAUUGCGACGUUGUACGUUGUACACCUCGCCGGCUUUGACACAAGUAGCAUUCAGCCCGCCAUCGCGGCGGCG